UCCAAUCCGUGCAUGUAGUUUAGCCGUUGACGUGGCCCUAGCUGUGUACGGCGCCGGCUGUUCGGUGUGUAGUCAGCGGAGGAAUCAUGAGUGAGCCUCACAAGCAGGACAUUGCCGCCAUCUUCAAGCGGCUCCGCUCUAUCCCUACUAACAAGGCUUGCUUUGACUGCAGGGCCAAGAACCCGAGCUGGGCCAGCAUCACAUAUGGCGUCUUCUUGUGCAUCGACUGCUCAGGGACACACAGAUCUCUUGGUGUUCACCUCAGUUUUAUCAGAUCGACUGAACUGGAUUCCAACUGGUCGUGGUUCCAGUUGCGGUGUAUGCAGGUUGGAGGAAAUGCAAAUGCAACGAUAUUCUUUCGACAACAUGGCUGUACCACAAAUGAUACAAACGCCAAAUACAACAGCCGUGCCUCAAAUCUGUAUAGAGAAAAGAUUAAGACCCUGGCAACACAGGCGACAAGGAAGCAUGGCACUGAUCUCUGGAUCGACACCUGCGGAGCUCCGCCACCACUUUCACCCAAGGAGAAGGAAGAAGACUUCUUUGCGUCUCAUGUCGAGGUCAGUAAUACAGACUGGGAUGAUCGUCAGAAUCAAGAUGAAUCCGUAACCCUAGGCACACCACAGCCUAUCCCUGACAGCAAAGAAGUUUCAGGUGAACCAGAAGCUGGGCCAAGUGUCGACAUUCUCAGCAUGUCCCCCAAGGCGGCACUAGCUGAUUCAGGGACUUUAGGGUCUGCAGGAAGCGCUGCACCUGCCACAGAGGGCAGUUCAAUUAUGAAGAAGAAACCAGGAGCAGCAAAGAAAGGGCUUGGGGCCAGGAAGGCGGGUCUGGGGGCCCAUAAAGUGAGCAGUAAGAGCUUCAGCGAGAUUGAGAAGCAAGCCAUCGCCGUAGACAAGAUAAAGGAGCAGGAGAAUGCAAACCUAAGCAAGAAACCUGAGGAGCCCAUAGUCUCUUCUCUACGUCUGGCUUACAAGGAUCUGGAAAUUCAGAAACAUAAAGAUGAAGAAAAGCUGAAGAACAUGCCUGCGAAGAAGAAAGCUGAAGCGGAAAGGCUCGGGAUGGGGUUUGGAAAUCGAACUGGGAUCUCACAUUCUGUUCUCUCUGAAAUGCAAACUAUUGAGCAAGAAGCCCCAAGGGGCUCCAAACCAAAGAAGAUUUAUCAAGAAGAUAACCAGGAUGACUACUUCUUCAGCACUAGCAGUUCCCGGUCUCGAUACCAUGAGGACCCCCCAGAGCCAGUCAGUAGCUCAUUUCUGAACUGGGAUGACCGUUCCGAUGAUUUCUGGAAGAAGGAAACGUCCAACGAUGACUAUGGCACAACACUAAGCUCAAAGAUGACCAGCUACGAUGACCGACCAGCAACUCGCCGUAAGCCUGAUCUGGAACCUGCCCCUGUGUCGGAUGAUGCCCAGAAAAAAUUUGGAAAUGCAAAAGCGAUUUCUUCAGACAUGUACUUUGGCAAACAGGACAAUGCAGAUUACGAAACGAGGGCUCGGCUGGACAGACUCUCAGGAAGUGCAUCAAUCAGCUCUGCCGACCUGUUUGAUGAUCACAAGAAACAGCCUUCAGCAAAUUACAACCUGUCCAGCGUCUUGCCUUCAGGUCCUGACAUGGCCAACUUCAAACAAGGAGUGAAAUCUGUAGCAGGGAGACUUUCUGUACUGGCCAAUGGUGUUAUGACGACGAUUCAGGAUCGGUAUGGAUCUUAACCCUCCCCCUCCCCAUACAUUGAAGUCGCAAUUGGUACAUACCCGGGACACGUACUGUGCUUACCCCCUCCUCUGAGUGGGCCGAAAAGGACAACACCUCAGUGUCCCUGCAUGGGAGGGAGAUUCACACAUUCAUUGUGCCUUUAACUAAUUGGAUGGCGUGCAUUGUGGGAAAGUCUGUGCUUUAUUUUAGUUUUUGCUACAUUAAUAAUAUAGAUGAACCUCAUGUCUGUAUUUACAGUCAUUACCCUACAGUCCUGUAACUGUUGAGGUUUGUGUGGCUGUGUUGCCUUUCAAAUAUUUGCAAAGAAGGUGGUAUGAGUUGUGCCAUCAGGUAUAACAGGCAUAGAAGUGAAUCUGUGUAAACAUAAUUAAGGGGGAAAAAAAUGUGAUAAAAAUAUUAGAAAAAAAUUAAUCCUUUAAUAGGGCCUUAUUAAAACUGGAUUAUAAGAUGUCCAGAAAGAGACUAAUAAAUGGUCUGUCCACAUUACAAGAAUGUGUCCGGUAUCCGCAGGAUAGAGGAUAAGUGUCUGAGUGGGGGUACAACUGCUGGGGUCCCCUUCCAUCAUGAGAACAACUCCCCAUGUUCCCCCGUUUGAAUGGAGCGGUGGUCUUUCAUGUGUGUUGCUGCUCCAUACAGCUUUAUGUCAGAGAUGGCCAAGCACUUGUACUUGGCUAUCUCAGAUAGUCAUACUCAUGGAGUUGAAUGAAGUGGCAAAACACAUGUGACAGCCGCUCCAUUCGAACAAGGAACCACGGGAACUUGUUCUCAUGAUGAUCGGGCGGCCCAAAUGGUCGUACUACCGCUGACCUCAGACAUUUAUCCUCUAUCCUGUGGAUAGGGGCCAAGUUCUUUACCGUAACGGUACAACCCCUUUAAAUUAAUCUGCACAAUUAGUAUCUAUUCAGUUCUCUACCAGAGACGUUUGUCAGAUGAGCCGAAUUUCUGGAUUAUCAAAUGCCAGAUUAAAGGGCUUUUACUGUGUGCGUAUAUAUAAUUCAUUUUGUGUUAGAUUUUCAGGAUGAUUAUAAUGGGGUGUAGUGGGACUGCAUAGACCAAAGGAUAAAUGCUCCUCAGGUAUAUGGAGAUAUAUAUAAUUAUAAUAUAUAUCUAUAUGUGCUCUCUCCACCCGUGUCAUGGGAGGAUCAACAGGUCGUAUGGUCAAUCUUUUAUAUAUAGAAUUACUGCUUACCUUUAUAUGCCUGUAAAUCAGGACAGGACAUGGCCGCCAGGUAGGGAAUUUUAGAUUGCCAAUGCGCAGUCUGCGGAUGGGGUGCCUGGGGUCCCUCCCAGUAACUCAAGGCAAAUAGUUAGCAAAUCGAUGUGAUCAUUGGGUUCUGUAAGUCGACGAAGUUCAACCGUCUGGCAAAUCGCCCAAAAAAAAAUAAAAAAUUUCCUUUUUGCCACAACAGCCAAUCAGGAAAGGAAAGCUUAAAAUGCUAGAAUUGAAAACCGCCAUAUUUAUUCUCCAGCUUUCCCCCUCCCCUUCCGUUCCGCACAUAUAUGGUUUUAUUAGUUGCCAUUUAUUUGCUUUCCGCCAUGUUUAACCAAGCACCAAAUCCAUUUACCGGUGAAGUUUGUAUAAAAGGUGUAAUAACUUUUUAGAAGUUGCAUGUCUCGUACUCCAGUCACUUUCAAAGCAGUAUUCAGAAUAUUUCUAGCGGCCACAGCUGCUUAACUUGGAUCUAAUAAUACUUUGCACUGCUUGAGCACUAAGGCAGAACUGUGUGUGCAGCUCUGAAUGUGACUAAAGUAUAAAACAAGAUGUAAGUCAAGACUAGGUACAGUCAAAGGAUCUGUAAAUGUGUAGCAUCAUUCAAACAGAUAUGUGUAAGGGCCAUUAUAUAUCAUUGGGAGUGACCACAACUUUAGAGUGAAAUUCCAUGAACGACGAGGUUGGGUAAAAUUUAAGAUUUACCAGCUUUGAUUGAUUUAGGACAUCAUUCACAGGCUAAAUCCGCAUAAAACGUGGUUACCCUGUAAUUAUUUUGCUUCUACACCACGUCUUCCACUCCAUUCACAUCAAGAGCUGUGUUUCCGGUUCUUGUGCCUCUAAAGCUUUAAGACCCUCCCAUCUUUCUGUUGCCCUCUGCUGGUUUCGGAGCCUGUACAGCCCAUGUUGUAUUACGGUGGAUGUAGUGUCCAUACUAUGUUGUGCAGUGGUCUGAUAUAUCUCCCAUAAUGCACUACAACUGUUGCAGACUAUUAGCACAGCGCUGAUGGAUUCCAAGCAGCAGUUAACUACACUGUGGAUGCAGCUCUGGAUGUGACUGAGGUAUAGGACACAAAUUUAAAAGAAUAUAAAAAGUUAUAUAACUUUAUUUGUACAGAGUGAACAGUCGCACUAACUUGUUAGGACUGACUGUUAACCCUGCUACAUCUAGGUGUACAAUAACAAUCAGAGGUGGAGCUAAACUUUCACCCAGUCCAAACCCUAACUUAAAGGGAAUCCGUCAGCAGUUUUGACCAUGCUAAACUGCUGACAGCAGGCAGUAGGUAGAGGCUGGAGAGAGAAGUACAAAACAUACCUUUUGUGGCGCUUUUAUCAUAAUAUCUGCAAAUUCUGCUCCUUUAGUGCAUUGGAGGUGGAGCUUCACAGUGAAGUGCACUCUGUAUUGUGUUGCUUCACAGCCUCAUCCCUCUGCUUUUGAUUGACGGCUGUAGCAUCCAACCAGGAGAGCACUACAACUGUAUCUUAGAGGGGUGGGGCUGUGCACUUCACAGUCAAUCUCUGCCUCCAAUGCACUUGAGAAGCAAAACAUAGCAGGAUAAAAGUUCAUAUUCUCACUGCUCCUGGUGAUAAAAGCUCCACAAAAGAUAUGCUUGUCCUGCACUCCCAGGCCCCUGCUUAAUGCGGUCUGCAAUUUACAAUGGUCAGAACCACUGACAGACUCCUUUAAGGUAUAUUUGUUAUUUAAAAAUUCAUUUAAUUGAAGGAUUUGAUAAUUUAGAAUUGAUUGGAGUAGAAAUUUGCUGUGUUUUAGACAGCAGGACCACGAGCGUCCUGACUCCAGUCACAGGGAAGCAAUCGCUAUGUUUUUUGUUUUGUUUACUACCCCCCCCCCCCCCCCCUCUCCUGUCCUUUUGUAUAUUUGACACACCAAGUCUUUGUAAUAAUUUGUAUUCUCAAUAAACUUUAUUGGAACAAGAUG